AUGAUGUUCACCAAGACUUUCGGCAUGGCUGCUGUCUUCGCUGCCCUGGCUUCUGCCCUUCCCUCCGGCACUGUCCCUGUUAUCAAGCGUGACACCCAAGCCGCCGGCGGUAGCGUCCUGAUCACCAACAACCUCGACAAGGACGUCUACGCCUGGUCCGUUACCGACAGCGUCGGUCCUAUGCAGAUCCUCACGGCAAACGGUGGCUCCUACACCGAGCAGUGGAAGACCAACUCCAACGGCGGUGGUGUUUCCAUCAAGCUGGCCACAGACGAGAGCCAGUCCGAUGUCCUGCAGUUCGAGUACACCCAAGCUACCGAUACUAUCUUCUGGGAUCUCUCCUGCAUCAACAUGGAGUCCAACUCCGAGUUCACCCAGUACGGUUUCUCUGUCCUGCCCACUGACAGUGGUUCCGAUACCACCUCUUGCCCUACCGCCGUCUGUCAGGCUGGUGACGCCAACUGCGCCGCUGCUUACCUGCAGCCUACCGAUGAUCAUGCCACUCACGGCUGCCCCAUCGAUACCGGCCUGACCGUUACUCUGGGGCAGUAA